CCCUGUGCAUCAUUAGCACAUUGGUGGCGUCGCUUCCUGUGACUGACUCUCUGUUUCCAUUCUGGCGAAGUGGUUUGCUCUUUUUGCUCUUCCUUCGGGGUUAGAGGAAGAUGAGUUUCUCACGGAAGCUCCCCUGGGCCUCUGGGCAGCUUCCCCGUCCGGGCACCUCAUGUCCCCACCAGCAGGCAGAGGCCGUGGGCUCCCCCUGAGCCACCUCCCUGUGGAGCACCGUCACCCGGAGGAGAUACCACCUCCCAUAGCGGGCAUCGUCCCACGUUCAGGACACUUGGUGAUAUGCAAAACACAAACAAAUGUGCCUUGUCUCCUGGGAGUCAGCAACUCAGGAAGAGCCAAGAAAAGGAGUGGACAUGCUGGCUACCGAUUUUGAUUAAGAGAAGACUUAGAAGCUGAAGCUAGAGAGCAUCUCAGAGGUCUCCGAGACAAUGGACGUCACCAACAGGACCCCUUCGGAAAUCAGAGGGAGGACCUCAGAGCCCGGAGCCCUGUGGGUGACUCCCACCACCCUGGACAGAGAUCCAGGCCAGAGCAGCAGCAUCUUUUCCGGGCUUGCGGGAAUCCUUGCCAUCAUCCUCCUGGUCGUCACAGUUUUCUGCAUCGCGUGCAACUGGAACAAACGGAAGAAGCGGCAAGUUCCUUACCUCCAAGUCGCCGCCAGGCCCCUAACUCUGCCACGGCCCAGACAACGAGCCAAAAACAUUUAUGACCUCUUGCCUCCGUGGCAAGAAGAGCCGGGGAGACUUCAGUCAAGCGGUGGCUGUAUUCUCAGUACCGAGAGCCUCUUCUCCAGAAACCCUGACAGCCCCGAGCACGCGCCUCCCGGGGCAGGAAGUGUCCCCCAGGUGCACAGAGCCCGUAUCCAUGCCGAGGAGUUCGCGGUGGGGAUCUACGACAAUGCCACGGUGCCCCAGAUGUGCGGAAACCUCACUCCCUUGGCACAAUGCUCCAAUGUCCGAGCUUCCCGAGACCGCACGAACAUUUCUUCAGCGGAUUCACAUGAUUAUGUCAAUGUCCCCACGGCAGAAGAGAUUGCUGAGACUCUGGCGUCUGCCAACAGCCCCUCCAGAAAUCUGCUUGUUCUUCCAAGCGCCCAGGAGCUGGAGUUUGCUGCAGAGAGACUCGAGGACUGCAGGAAUGCUGUGAACUGCACCAGCUUUUGGUCCCCAGAACCUGAGGCCAGUGACUCUCUCAGUGACGGGGAAUGCUCUUCUCAGACCUCAAAUGACUAUGUCAACAUGACGGGGUUGGAUCUCAGGGCCAUCCAGGAGACGCAGCCUCACGUGGCUUGUCAGUGCUGCAGAGAUUAUGAAAAUGUCCCGCCAGCAGAUCCCAGUGGAAACCUGCAGCAGGUUGAUGAAGAAGCGACAUCCUCAAACACAGGCCGUGUUGAGGGCAGGACAGAUGGCCCAGAGACCCACAUCCAACCUGUCAGAAGAGGGUCCUUGGCUUCAGAGGAUUAUGUGGCCUUUCAGCCAUCCACACAGAGUGAGAACAGUCAGACGACACACAGAGAAGAGAUGUCAGACGAGGACUCUGAUGACUAUGAGAACGUGCUGGCUGCCAAGCCAGGCGGCAGGGACUCUGAGCAUGGGCCUGGCACUCAGCGCCUUCCUCAUGAAUUAAAAUCCAGGUACCUGGCUGGAAAGCCACACGAAGUGGUCCAUCCCGUUGGAUCCUUUGUCACUGCAGAGUCUAGCGAAGACCCUUGAUCACUCUGGUAUUUCGAUGCAUUUACUUGGUUAAGCUGAGAGCUAAGAGGCUGCAGAAAAGCAGAGGUUUCCGCUGGGCGUGGUGGCUCACGCCUGUAAUCCUAGCAUUCUGGGAGGCCGAGGUGGGAGGUCAGGAGUUCAAAAC